AUGGUAGGUUUUAUUCAUAGAUGGUUUCUCGCUGAGAGACCUAUUAAUAGUAAAGUUUCUGAAUUAGAGACAAGUUGGGAUCCUCGUAUUUCAUUAAUUAAAUUACAAAAUUAUAAGUUCACUACAAACGAUAUAUGUCAUUAUGGGUUUUUAUCAAGUGUAUUACUCUUUGUCUUUAUCUCAUUUCCUGCUCCAUGGAUUUUAAAGCUUUUUGUCUAUGCGUUAUUUGGUUUAUUAUUUAUGGUUCCAAUAACUUCACAAUUUUUUUUCAAUGCGUUACCAAUUUUUACUUGGUUAGCAUUAUAUUUUAAUUCAUCUUUCUUUCCUGCAAGUAGGAGACCUCCUAUUACUGUAAAAGUCUUGCCAGCUAUUGAAACUAUAUUAUAUGGUGAUAAUUUAAGUGAUAUUUUGGCUACUACAACAAAUUCUUUUUAUGACAUCCUCGCAUGGAUUCCUUAUGGUUUAUUUCAUUUUGGCGCACCAUUUGUUGUCGCUGCAAUUCUAUUUAUAUUUGGACCUCCAACAAUUUUACAAGGUUACGCUUUUGCAUUUGGUUAUAUGAAUCUAUUUGGUGUCAUUAUGCAAAAUGUCUUUCCUGCUGCUCCACCUUGGUAUAAGAUUAUGUAUGGUUUAAGUUCUGCUAAUUACGGUAUGCAUGGUUCUCCAGGUGGUUUAGCAAGAAUAGAUAAAUUAUUACAUAUUAAUAUCUAUACACAGGGGUUUUCUAACUCAAGUGUCAUUUUUGGUGCUUUCCCAUCGUUACAUUCAGGUUGUGCCACUAUGGAGGCUCUAUUCUUUUCAUAUUGUUUCCCAUUCUUAAGACCUGUAUUUAUUGGUUACGUAUGUUGGUUAUGGUGGUCUACAAUGUAUUUAACCCAUCAUUAUUUUGUUGAUUUGAUGGCAGGUUCAGUAUUAUCAUACGUGAUCUUCAUGUAUACCAAAUAUAACCAUUUACCAUUAGUCGAUACAGAUUUGUUUUGCAGAUGGUCCUAUGGUUCCAUUGAGAAAUUCAACAUAGAAAAAUCAAAUCCUUUGAAUAAUGAUCCAAGUGAUGUAGAGAAUGUCCCAUUAAAUAUGAUGGCUACGAGUUCAACAAUGGGAUCCGAAGCCAAUGGAGACUUAGACGAUGAUGAUGAAGAUGCAGGAAACCCUAGUAGUAUGAGUCCCACAUUGUUCGAUUUAUCAAAUUCAUCAGCCACUUCAAAUACUUCAUUAGAUUUGCAAGGGGAAGCUACUCCUAGGUCAGUGAAACCAAGAUCAGAUUAG